UAGUAUUCAUGCCAUAUCUAUCGAAUGAAAGGUAAAUGUAACAACUACUCAUCCAUUCAUCAUCUAAUCCUCCAAGUAUCCCCAACCAAACAAAUUUCGCUACACCACACUGCCAAUUAUCCAUACGCGAAAUCUCUGUGGGAGAAAUUUUGAUUUUUCCGCCAUGGCUGGUGUAUUGGAAAUCAUAACUGUCCCGCGCGCCUCCGCUUUGCGGUCCGCCUCUUUUGCUCCGGUAACCGGAGGUUCCUUUUUUCUCCCUAGCUCCGUGAAAUUCUCCGAGUUCAGAGGCCUAAAGAUCCAGCUGGCUCGAUCAUCCGCAUCGCUGAGUUCACCUCGGAAACUACCUAGCCCUGGUAGUCGAAUCGUCGCCGAGGCACAAAACACAGCGGUUGAAGUUGAAGUGCCUGGUAUUACUGAUGCAACAUGGAAGUCCCUUGUGCUCGAGUCCGAUUUACCUGUUUUAGUUGAAUUUUGGGCACCAUGGUGUGGGCCAUGCCGCAUGAUCCACCCGGUCAUUGAUAAACUGGCUAAGCAAUAUGCUGGAAAGCUCAAAUGCUACAAGGUUAAUACGGAUCAAAGCCCUUCACUUGCUACCGACUAUGGAAUCCGAAGCAUUCCAACUGUUUUAAUUUUCAAGAAUGGAGAGAAGAAAGAUGCAGUUAUUGGUGCAGUUCCAGAGUCCACAUUGACAACCAGCAUCGAAAAGUUUGUUUAGGUUGCUCUGGUUUGGCCCUGGAACGAUGCAGUUUACUUCACUUUGCUUGGCGUUUCAGAAUCUAUAGUUGAAUAUGCUAUUCUGUAUGUUAAAAGAGUCUGGGAAAACGUACCAGUAAUUCUUCCCCUUGUACCAUAACUUCAUCCAUUGCUCUGCUUUCAAUUUUUUCAGUUAAGCAUCAACUCCAUUUUCGCCAUGGAUUGUGAAGGCAUUUUGCACAGGGACAAUGGCAAUGCGUACGUGCCAAGAAUAUUUUGUGUUUUUUUUUUCCUUCUUUUUGGCUUACACAGAAUGUAGAAUCUUAGUUCGAACUUUGCUAUGUGUACACAACAGCAUGAUGUAUAGUCCCCUCACAAUAGGGGGCUAGGAUUUUUCUUUAUUCAUGGUGGGCCCCUCACGUGAAGGGGCUGUACAAGCAGCCCUAUCCUCUUAGUUCAAAUAGAAUAUUGUUGCCCUUAAGUAACGUUGUUGUCCACUUGUAAGGUAUUGGUACAAUCUGUGAUAGAAAGUGUUGAUGCUCUAAUGGAUAUGAAAUUGAAAGUUGA